GCAGGAAAUCGCUAACUGUGAAAGUAGACAAUAAGCGGUUGGUGAAAAGUUGUGAUGAUGUUGAUGAUAAUUUUGAUUUGCCUAGUGUCAGUGACACUGACACUGACAGUGUUUCUGGUGCUGCUGGCACUGCAAGUGCAAGGGGUAGCGCUAGCGGUGGACCAGCUAUAGGACCUACUACUACUAGUACUACUACUACUAGUACUAGCAGUAUGAGUACUACUACGGAAAUGGACAUCACCAAUACUGCGGACAGUGUUGCUGGUAAUCUACAGCCUAUGGAACACAAAGAUACACUUCAUUCUGGCUACCAGGCAGCUAGACAGCGAAGGAUGGGAGCUUGGGCUGACCUCCGCCCAUCUCUGUUGUCAGCGUACAAGAAGGUGACUCGUGGGAAGCAAUGCAUCAUUUGUGGGGCUGAAGAUCCCCCAAUAAGAUGCACAGAUUGCAGCUAUUCGAGCAACUACUGCACUGGUUGCUUUGAAACGGCCCACUUGCAUCUAAAGCUGCAUGUUGCUUAUUACUGGAAGAAUGGAAUGUUCACCCGAUAUGACACCAACAGGGUGGAAGUGUGGAAUUGUGAUGUGGACCACAUAUGCUCAUCAGGUUAUCCCAAGGUUGUUACAGUUGUUGAUGCGAGAGGAAGACAACACAGUGUUCAAUUAACCGUGUGCAGCUGCAACUCUGCAGCGGUCACAAUGCUACGGUAUGGCUUGUGGCCAUCAACGCCAACGAACCCCCAGGUGGCAUUCACCAUUGAGCUGAUGGAACUUCUUAGGCUGCUGGUACUUGAGUGCCAGGUAUCUGUCAAGGGCUUCUGUGAGGUGCUGAUGCUCUAUGGCGCUGAAGACCCACUGGCAAACAAUGAUAUUAGAGACAUCUACAGAACCUUGCAAGGAGGGUGUUUUGAGGAGUAUCGUAACUUGUGGAGAGAGGCCAGAUACCCAACGGCUGCUGGAGGUGAUGAUGGCACAACAUGCCCAGCCUGCCCUAAGGACACAGGGACCCAAGUUUUCUCUAUUGAUGGCAAUUUUGGUCUUGUUCGGAAAAAGGCGGCUGGCAUUGACCUGGGGACUGGAAUGUCACCUCGAUUUUUUCUCCCACAAGACCAAGUUGACCAGUAUGUGAGCAAGGCUGGAGUGAAGACUAAGAAAAGUGAUGGGGUUUGCAGUGAUUUCAAAGCUGGCAAUCCAUUAAGGAGCAAAUCCCGACAUGAGAAACUUGACAUAACAGGAGUUUUUGGGGCUGUCUGCCGCCAUGAUAUGCCGAAAAGUUUCUUGAACCUCAGGCAUGGUGAACGCCUUGCCUAUCCAGAGUUUCUCUGCCAGUGGCUUCUUCAAGGUGUGAAGGUUCCUAGGGUGGUUAUACUGUAUGACAUUGCCUGUGUUCUGGAACAACAUGCUCAGAAUUUGGACCCAAUGUCUCAACAUCCGGAACGCGUGGUUGAAUUUGGGAUACCAAUAUUCCACAUGUAUGGGCAUAAGGUUGGAUGUCAGGUUAAAUAUAGUCCACGUAGGUUAUCCAACAUUGGACUUACAGAUGGAGAAGGAAUGGAACGCUUGUGGUCGUAUCUCAGACGUUUCAACCGCAUCACAAAGGAAAUGACCCCCGACCACCGUGUGGCACUACUAGAUGAUGCUUUGCUCCACAACUCAGAAUACCUCAGGAACCAAAUGGGAGAAACCCUGAUGCAUCGCUACAUAAAAGCGCAGACAACCAGGAGUAACUGCGAUCAGGAGCUUGAGCAGCUAACAUCACGCUUGUCAGCUCAUCUGACAUAG